UCAGCUGACAGAUGUGUUUGUGUUUGUGCAGCAGUGAAUUCAAACACCUGCACGAUCAAACAACAGCAGCGCGAUGAGCACCGGCACCCCCAAACCACUGCCGUCUUCCGGGCAGAAAUCUCUGCAGGACAUUUGUCACCCGCUGUCCGCUGACGAGUCCGCGCUGAGUCUCCACAACAGCAGCACCGUAGAGAAGGACCUGAUCCUGCCCAACGGGACUCCAUUAGACACAUCAAGCCCCGCCUCCUCCUCUUCUCUACUAAACCGACUACAGCUAGAUGAUGAUUUGGACGGAGAGACACGUGACCUGUUUGUGACUGUAGACGACCCCAAGAAACACGUAUCCACCAUGGAGACAUACAUCACCUACAGAGUGUGCACAAAGACCACCAGAACAGAGUUUGACCUGCCCGAGUACUCAGUAAGACGACGCUACCAAGACUUUGACUGGCUGAGGAACAAAUUAGAAGAGAGUCAACCCACCCACCUUAUUCCACCCUUGCCUGAGAAGUUUGUGAUGAAGGGAGUGGUGGAUCGGUUUUCAGAGGAGUUUGUGGAGACCAGGAAGAAGGCACUUGAUAAGUUUCUCAAACGUGUAGCAGACCACCCGGUCCUCUCUUUCAACGAACACUUCAAUGCCUUUCUUUCAGCAAAGGACUUGAAUAAGCGUCUGGGACUGGCUCUGCUCACUAAAAUGGGGGAAUCGGUGAAGUAUGUCACUGGCGGUUAUAAACUGAGGGGGCGGCCAAUAGAGUUUGCAGCCAUGGGUGACUAUCUGGAGGUGUUCACACAGAAACUGGGCACCAUAGACAGGAUAGCACAGAGGAUCAUCAAAGAGCAAUUGGAGUACCUGGCAGAGUUAAGAGAAUACAGGCCUGUGUACUCUUCCUGGUCGUCUUUUGAGGAAGAUCUUCAUGAUCCUCUGGAGGGUGUGGCGGGACACGUGUCAAACUGCUCCAGCGCUCUGGAAGAGCUCACGGAGGACAUGAGCGAGGACUUCCUGCCUGUGCUCAGAGAAUACGUCCUCUAUAUCGAAGCAAUGAAGAAUGUACUUAAGAAGAGAGACCAAGUCCAGGCAGAAUACGAAACAAAACUGGACUUGGUGGUGUUCAGAGAAGACAAAAAGACACCGGUGCCCACUGAUGUGGAGAGAUGUCAAGACCGUUUGGAGUGCUUCAAUGCCGACCUGAAGGCCGACUGGGACCGAUGGCAAAACAACAAACGACAGGACUUCAGACAGCUGCUCACAGGCAUGGCUGACAAAAACAUCCAGUACUAUGAGAAGUGCCUUGCAUCAUGGGAGUCCCUCAUUCCUUUGUUACAAGACAAACAAGAAGCAAAAGGUGAAACGAACUGAGCAUGUAUUUCACCUGCUGUCUCUGUCACUGUUAAAGCUGAAAAGUCACGAACAUGUGAGCUGCCUUUGGACCCGUCCAGCACGAUCAAAGAUUUCAAGGGACAGCCAGGAAAGGAAAGCUACCGGAUGGACAAGCUAUAAGAAUGACAUUUUUGUAAAGUGUCUCUAUUUGUGAAACCUCACCCAGCCAAACCCUCUCUCAUUCUCUGACGGUUUGAUGAAAUUAUAUCUUAUCUGAAGCUAGAACUGCAGAACUAUGAAUUAGGGAACAUUGAAACGGUUGUGGCAAGGAGGGGAAUACGAAAGUGAAGGAAGUUUUGUUGAAGUCAACAAAUUUGUAGUUUUAGUCGACUGUUUGCCAAUAAUCCUUUUGUAAAUGCUUGUCUUUUGAAGAUGUCCAUCCAAGGGAACAAAGAUGUGUGUUUUUGCUUAGUUUUUUGUUGAGUCUAUGAAGAGUCUGCCAACAUUCCUCUUGCCAAAGAUGUGGAACUGAAGUCUGAUAUCUCAUUUAAUAACAAAAAACACUUGCCUCAUUAUAAGCUCAAUUUGGUCGAUAGUUGAAAUCAAGUCUUUUUAUUUUUUUGCUAUUCUUGACCUCAUUAAAUAUUCAUGAUAAAAUGUGUGUCAAUGAUUUGUACCUGUCUUAAUAGAGCCAGUAUACUUUUUUUUUUAGUAGUCUGUGAUGUUUUUAUGUCAACAGACGGAACUCGCGAAACUCUGGGAUGGUAAUGUGGAGUGGUUUGUCACCAAUGGUCUACUGUAUAUACACCAAUUUCGAAAAAGCUUUUCAUAAAUGUACAAUAUGUUUGGGGCAAGUGUAACACCAAAGGGUGAGCUACAAAAUGUCUGUUAACCUCGACAUUACGAUCACUUGCACAUUGUGUACAGAUACCAUUAAUACAGCGUUGAUCCAAAUGAUUCUGUCAUUGGUUAUUUACCCUUACGUUGUUCCAAAUCUGUUUUGAGUUUCGUAUGUGAACACUUUCAAUCAUUUCAUUAACCAAAAAUGGAGUCACACAAUCGUUCUAAACGCUAUUGUUGGGGUCAAGUGUCAAAAAGUCUAUAGAAGCAAUUCUGAAGGUUCUUAAGUACUGUUUCAGAUGUUAUUAAUAUGAUUCACAUUAACAACAGUGACUCCAAUAAAGCUCUAUAUUCAGUUUUUAUAAAGUUAUGCCUGUUUCUGAGGUAGUUUUCUUCAAGUCAAAACACAGCAGCAGGAAUCAUGGAAUGGUCCCUGAACUCUUGAUCUUUACCAAAUAAUUCAAGCUAGUUAACUUCUCAUGUUAAAUGUUGACAAUUUGUGGUUUAUCAAAGACCAAGCUAUUAAUCAGAACUGGCAUCUGGUGUUUACUGCAGAGUAACUGCAGCAUACAGACUGAAAACGAAACAUUCCAGCAUCAUCACCUGUUGGUAGGUGCAGUUACAGCAGCAGCAUUUCUGUUUCCAGGUAUCUUCAGUUAUUGCCUUUUGACUUUCUUUUCUUUAUCCCUUCACCAAACAGGAGCAAAUCCCCAAAGCAUAUAGGCUGUUUCUGUAUGGCUGAAUGCAUUUUUUGUUCAUAGUGGUCUUAUUCAUGUCAUUUUGGCAAAGAUGCUUGGCCUAAAGUUUCGCCUGUCAAAACCAGUAAGCCUUACAUUUGUCUCAAGUUUCCAUUUGAUUUGAUCAGAUGAUCUAUUUAUGUUACAAAGGCAGCUAUAUGACUUUGUAUUGCUUUGAUGCAUGUUGUGCUUGUGACGAUGUAAAAUACUGUUUAUACUGGCGAUGGUUAAUUUUAAGUAAAUGUGUAAUCACUGUAGAGUGAUUCAAUGAAUUGUCGACAGGAACAGCUAAAAUAGCAGUGGUCCAUUUGUGUGAUUCUAACAUUUUACAACCUUCAAGAUUGUGUUUAAAACCAUUUCUUGCUGUGAAAUAACGUUUAAUCAUUGUAGCAUGAGUGUCACUUGUUUACUUACAGAUCAGUCCACGGGGUGUAGAAGCGUAUACUUAAACUCCUCCAGUAAAUUA